AACUCACUAACCUCUAACAAACUAUGAUACUUAAGCUUAACAAACUAUUAACAGACUCAAUAACUCUCUCUCUCUCUCUCUCUCUCUCUCUCUCUCUCUCAGCAACAACAUAUACCUCUGCGCAUUCUGUGGCUUGGCUUCUCCACCGUACAGUUUAGCGUUACACACUUCUAUUUGAGGAAGAAGAAGAAGGAUGGUUCUGUCCGAAGAUGAAAUCAAGAACCUCUAUAGAAUCAGGAAGACGGUGCUGCAAAUGCUGAGGGAUAGGGGUUACCUCGUUAGUGAUCUUGAGAUCAACAAUACUAUAGAAGAGUUCAAGAAAGAAUUUGACAACUUCGUGGGAAAGGAUAGGGAAGAUCUUGUUAUCAACAAAUGCAAGAAAGACAAUCCUUCUGAGCAGAUCUAUGUCUUCUUCCCCAGCAAGCGCAAGGUUGGCGUCGGAGAAAUAAAAGCCUACACCAAGCGCAUGCACUCUCAGAAAGUUUUUAAUGCAAUCUUGGUUUGUCAAGAGAAGAUAACAGAGUUUGCCGAAAGAAGUAUCACUGAAAUUUCUUCCCAAUUUCACUGGGACGUUUUCCAGGAAAACGAACUUCUGUUCAACGUAACAGAGCACCACCUUGUCCCUGUACAUCAAGUACUCACCGAUGCAGAAAAGAACGCUUUGCUUGAGAAAUACACUGUGGAAGGGAUUCAACUACCUAAAAUCCAGGUGGAUGACCCUGUUGCAAGAUAUUACGGACUGAAGCCCGGACAAGUUGUCAAGAUAAUCAAGCCAAGCGAGACUGCAGGCAGAUAUGUUACCUACAGAUAUGUUGUAUAGGAAUUUCCUUCUACAUUUGCAGAGUUUAUAUACAGUGGUACAUUUGCACUAGGUUGUCUACUGAUAGAUACUUGUGAGAAGCAUGGACAAGAAUACAUACAUAGCAAUCUUUUUUUCUUUUUUGUAAAAAAAGAACAUAACAUACCUACAGAUAUGUUACAUGGGAAUUUCCUUCUACAUUUGCUGAGUUUAUAUGUAGUAGUACAUCUGCACUAGGUUGUAUACUGAUAGAUACUUGUGAGAAGCAUGGACAAGAAUACAUACAUAGCAAUCUUUUUUUUUUUUUUUUUGUGUAAAAA